GAAUGACUGAAGACGAUGGCCUCGUUUCUGUGACGGCAACGCUGAGUUGAUCAAAAGGGAUCUCGACAAACACCAAGAUCAUGGGUCAGACGUCUAGUAUCGCCGCCUCGCUUUGCAUAGCGCUGGCAAUAAUGCAAAACUGCCCCAGCGUUGUCGCAUACACUUGGCCAGAUCCGCAGAUUGAUCUGCUUGAGAGCAUCCGCUUCCAGCAAAACGGCUUCCGACAAUAUGGGCUAGCCUUCGGUGUCGUGCCUUGCCACAGCAUGGCCAAUAUGCAGGAGACGGGCCGCUCCGACUCUGCGGAAUGGUUUAGGACAGCAUAUCACGACAUGGCGACAGCAGAUGUACAAGCUGGCACCGGUGGCAUCGAUUCAUCUAUUGCGUUUGAGACAGACCGAGAAGAGAACAAGGGCAAAGCCUUCAACGAAUCGAUUGGCUUCUUCGUCGCAUUUCACAGUGCCCGGUCUUCUAUGGCUGACAUGGUUGCGCUUGGGGCACUAUUUUCAGUGGAAUCAUGUUCCAAUGGCGAAGUGAUGAUCCCAUUCCGAGGCGGAAGACAAGACGUCACUGAGGCAGGCCCAUUAGGGGUUCCGCAACCUCAAGAAGGCCUGGAUUCGCACACGGCUGCUUUUGCUAGGCAGGGCUUCAAUACCACCGAAAUGAUUGGACUGGUGGCAUGCGGACAUUCGAUAGGCGGAGUUCAUGGGUCGAACUUCCCGGAGAUUGUCGAUGUCGUAGAUGAUAUCGACAACCAAGCGAGCCGUCAUGACUUUGACGAAACGUUUGACAACUUUGACAACAGCGUUGCUACACAAUUUGUGGCCAAUAACUCGCAGAACCCCUUGGCUUUUGGACAUAACGAGACAACAAGGUCUGAUUUCCGCAUCUUCAAUGCUGACGGAGGCGAUUUGAUCCGCAAGAUGGCGGAAUCACAGCAAUUCUUCUGGGAUACGUGCUCGACGCUAUUAGAGCGUAUGCUUAAUACUGUCCCUGCCAACGUCAAGCUUACCGAAGUUAUCCAACCUAUUCCGGUUAAGCCUAACAAUCUAUUUAUCGCGGUCAACCGUAAUGGGACUAUGACAAUCUCUGGCGAGGUUCGGAUCAUUGAAGAUGGUACAACUUCAGCCGAUCGCGAAGUCACCAUCCAUCUCAAGUCAAGGACCGGCGAACCAAUCUCGAUCGAUCCGGUCGUAGCAACGACCCACGAAGAACUUCAAGUGCAUGGCUACUACAAAAACAUACCAAGCUUCUCAUCGUAUUUGUUCAGUACAAAAGCUGUGUCGACCAACACUGGAAUCUCAUCCUUUGACAUAGAGAUAAAGGAUGGCGACAACGUCACUAUGCAUCAAAAUAACGGACAAGGAUAUCCGCUUCAGGAUGCACUCCUAGUGCAGAAGGAAGGCACAUGCACGAGGCAAGCAUUCAUCGGCAGAGAUUCCAAUAACACGCUGGAAGUCACGGCUGCAGUACGAGACGACAUGGCGUUCGAGUCAGUACAAUUAUGGGUGCCGAAACCAGUCAACAUGAUAGGCUCUCUCUCCUCGCGGUUCGAGCCAACGGCCGUCGAGAUGACGAAGACGGAGUCGCUGAAUGGAACCGGCUACUCGCUAUACACGGGGUCGUUCUGGUUCAUGAUCAACUCGGUCGGUCCGAUGAAGACAUUCGACCUGGUUGCCGACGGUCCGAACGGAAUGGUGCAAAACAACUUUACGAAAUGGGCCGAUGUUCCCAUUUGCAAGUCUACGUAGAACUUCGUAGAUGGUUCGUGGUUGGGGCGUCUGAUAUUUCACAUUAUGUAAUAGGAAUGAGAUCCAUGGAGUUGACAAUUAGGCUAGAUUCUGCACAAGGGAUGCAUUGCUUUCCGUAACUGAGUUCUGACAGCGGUAAUAGGAACCUUGAUGCCAGUAUUGAACAUAGAAGUAUUACGUAGGUGCCUGCGAAGGCAGCGGCCAAAGGUCUUGCAAACUUGAAGCAUUUUGAGGCACUGUAAUUCAGUGGUUAAGCUCCCUAGAAUUGUAUUAACCAUGAGCUAGACUAGGGACUCCGUAGUGGUCAAUCCACUGAGGCUUAGGGAGUUUACCGCUAUAUCCCAGCGGGC